UCAAAUUGACCACGGCGCCUGUGCCAUGGACGUGUCCGGACCGACGACUGCCGAGGCCGAGACCCAGCGCCGGCUCAGCUAUGGCCCGCCGACGCCGACCGCGCCGAAGAAACCUGUCGACAAAGUCCAGAUCUACGUCCGGCUGCGCCCAGCCAUGGACGCUGCCGACGUCUUUCGCGUCGUCUCGGACACGUGCCUUGUGGCCACGACGCCACGAGUGAGCCGGCUGAACGAAUCCGUGGUCACGUUCCACUUUUCCCAAGUGUUUCGGCCCGAGACGACGCAGCAGGAGCUCUUCGCCAAGACGACGCAGUCGAUCGUCGAGGAGGCGCUCGACGGCAAGAACGGGCUCGUCUUUGCGUAUGGCGUGACCAACUCGGGCAAGACGUACACGAUCCUCGGCAACAACGAGAACCCGGGCAUCCUGCCCGAGACCUUUGCAUACCUCUUCCAGCACACCAACGACUAUGACGUCACGGCGUCGUAUCUCGAGAUCUACAACGAAAAGGUCUACGACCUCAUGGCGCCGGCCAACCCCAAGCGAGCAUUCCUCCAGCUGCAGGAAAAAGACGGCCGCGUGCACGUCAAGGACCUCGAGGAGCGCCGCAUCCUUUCCUUCGACGACGCCAAGGCGACGCUCGAGUAUGGUCAGAAGAACCGCCAAGUGGCCGAGACCCGCUGCAACUCGGACUCGAGCCGCAGCCACUGCGUCUUUUCGCUGCAAAUCUACCGCAAGAGUGAACCGAGUCGCUUGUGGAGCAAGAUCUCGAUCGUCGACCUUGCAGGCUGCGAGCGUGGCGCCAAGACGGGCGCGUCAGGUCUCCGGCUCCAAGAGGCGAGCAACAUCAACAAGUCGCUCAUGAACCUCAACCAGUGCCUCGAGACGCUGCGCUGGAACCAGCAAAACCCCAAGGCGAAGCGCCCCGUGCCAUUCCGGUCGUCCAAGCUCACGCGCCUGUUUCAAGAGUCGCUGGUCGGCGGUCAUACGCGGGCUGGGCGCAUCAUUAUGAUCGUGGCCGUGAACCCGUCCAACUUGGAGUUUGAAGAGACACUCCGGACGCUCGAAUACGGCGCGAUCGCCAAGGACGUCGUGACGGCGCCAAUCCGAGCGCGCAAGUCGGUGGCCAAGCAAGAGUACGACACGGACGGGCACAAGAAGCGCAAGCGGCCGUCGAUGCCGGCUCGCCCGACCGAGAACGCACCGCCCAACACCACGCAGGACGACAAGGCUGCCUCAAUUAAGAAGAAGAUGCUCAAGCGAGCGCCUGCUCGUGUGACCCUUCUGCCCCGCAAGUCGUUGGCGGUUGCCGAGUCCAAGAGCCCUGAGCUUGCCCUGCUUCGCGAAGAGAACAAGGCGCUGCAGAAGGAGCUCCAGGCCAAGGACGCAGCCCACUUUCAGCAAGAGGUGCGCGUCCGAAAGAAGCUUGUGACCGAGAUGACGCAGCAAAUGGACGAUCUGAAAGCGGCCCACGAAGAACGGGUCGCGGAGCUCUCGGCCGAGCUCGCGACGACAAAGGCCCAAGUGCUCAGCUUGACCGACGACAAGUGGAAGCUCGAAGCCCUCUGCGAGAAGCUCCAAGAACAAGUCGACGAGUGCGAAGACGAGAUCAAGCGCAUGGAAGCCCGUCACGCAGAAGAACUCGCCGAGUACCAGACGUUUUAAGGCUGCCGUCGCUAUUUAUCGCCCCAGACAUUCAAUUAGAUAACGUUUGAUACUUUAUGCACCAACCGCUGCAACCGGG